UCCAGACUGAAGUCAUGGAAUCAGACAUCUCUUCAUGUCCUGCAGUCUGAUCAUCAGGAAUCAUCGGAUCUGAUGGGACAUUUAAGGAUGUUUUUCCCUGAUGUCUCAUAUUCACUGCUGUUGUUGGGAAUCUCGUGUCUGACUGGCUUCACUAAGACUUCACAGGAGUUCUCAGGUUAUCUGUCCCGUGUGCUGAGGAAUUACACUGAACAGGCGUGUGACGGAGAAUUCCUGACUGUCCGCUGCCCGCCCAGAACCUCCAUCACCGUCCAAUCGGCUUUCUACGGCAGAGAAGACCCCGCCCACUCACCUCAGUGCCCAUCCACUUACAGCAGUGCUGGAACACGCUCGGUGAAUGACUUCACUUCCUGUCAUGUGUCUACAUCUUUGCAGAAGAUGUUGGAUGAAUGCGAGGACAGGCGGAGAUGUCAGGUUCUUGUCAACAGUCGUUUGUUUGGGACGGACCCCUGCCCGACCAUCAGCAAAUACCUCAGUGUGCGGUACAAGUGCAGGCCGAAUGAGUAUAAGAGUAAAGUGGUGUGUGAAGGGGAGCGGUUGCGCUUGGGCUGUAAGACGGGGAUGCAAAUCGCGGUUUAUUCCUCCAUGUUUGGCCGCACGCAGAAGGGAACGCUGGAGUGUCCUCCACACCACCAGAGAGCGCCGUCUGUCGACUGCUCGUCUGAUGUGGCUCUGGCGGUGAUGACAUCACGUUGCCAGGGGAAACGCUCCUGUGUGGUCCGCGCCUCUACACAAGAGUUUGGAGACCCCUGUUACCGUGGCACCCGCAAAUACCUCAGCGUGAUACACACCUGUGUCCCAAAGAAACUCGUGCAGGAGUCGGUUUCCAGGCAUCCGUCGUUCCCCUCUCCCCCAUCAGUGCCUCAUGACCCCAACGUGGUGGGAGACAGCGCCCCUCCUGACGGGACCCCGUCUCUGACCUCGGACUCCGCGCCAGGGAGGUCGACACGAGGCCGGAGUUCUGGUCCGUUUUCGGAAGAGCCGGAUCCGUCUGGAGAAAGCGAUCCGAACCCAACCGUCUCCAGCGUGAUCAGACCAGACAUGACUCUCAUCAGCAGCAUGCUGACGGCCUACACCUACAUCACAGAGCACCCAGAGGGAUGCGCGCUGUUUUUCAUGUGCGGUGUGUGUGCGGGUCUGUUCCUCACACUCUUCGCGCUGGUGGUUCAGAUUUCCUGCCGUACAGACUGUAAACGCCAUCGCAGCGUCGCUAAGAAGCGGCCGAGACCCGCGGACUCCGCCAGCGACAGCAGCGACUCUGAUUCGGACUGGGACUCGAGCUCAGACCUGUCGGCCCGCCGGCACCGGCGCUUCGAGCGCACGCUCAACACCAACAUCUUCACGUCGGCGGAGGAGCUGGAGCGAGCGCAGCGGCUGGAGGAGAGAGAGCGGAUCAUACGGGAAAUCUGGAUGAACGGACAGCCCGACGUCCCGGGAACGCGUAGCUUGAAUCGCUACUAUUAGAUCCGGAUGUGAAGCUACUAUUCUGAACGCUGAAAUGUUUGCCACGCGUGGCAUUAAACUACACAUUUCCUUUGCAGUGGAAAUAAGCUCUUGGUUGCGGCGUGAUUUAUCCGCAACCUUCGCUAUGCAGAGGUGAAAGGUCAAAUGCUGCGUUCCCACCAGUCGCAUGUGGAAAUAUUCCUACUUGAUGUCCAUCAUCUCGCAGUUUUUGAAUUCACCCAAGUUGGAAGUGUCGUUCCGCUGAACUUCCAAGUAGGAAGUUGGACAUUCCAGUUUUUAGUGCAGCUGAAGCUAAGGCUCAUGGGAGAUGUAGUUCACUUGAGUCUAUAGGCAGCUCUGAGAGGUGUGAUUAGCUCUAAGCACUGUGAUUGGUUCUUCACUCUGCCUGUCAAACAGUGAGGACCGCCUUCUGCGCGGAGAGGCGUCAACAAAUUAAGUGCCUUGCAGUUUGAUCCGACAAAAUACACAUACAGUGGGACUAAAACGUAUUUGGACACUCACACAUAUCUAAAUGUCAUUGCAUUAGCAAACAAAGAACAAGCCAGGCUGCAUUUCCAAGUAAAUGAUGCAAGAGCUUCACUUUUCUGCAUCACAAUGCAUUGUUCGGUAACACUUUACAAAAAGGUUCCAUUUGUUAACAUGAACUAACAAUGAAAUACUUAUUAAUCUUAUUAUUCAAAUAAUUGAAUGAAAACUGUAUUUUAUUUAAUGAGAAAAAAAUCUGUUAUGGAGCUAAUAUGAAUUAGCAAUGAACAUACUUUAACAUAAAUAAUAAAUACUUUAACAUGUAUUGCAAAUUAUUAGUUCAUUUUAGUCAAUGCGUGAGACCUUGUUGGAAAGUGUUACCCAUAUUUCAUCUUUAUCACUAGAUAAUUAAAUCAUCUAUCAUAUUUUUUAUGUUUUCAACCAAGAGCAACUUGGUUUGAUAUUUUACUUUCAAAUGCAAUGACAUUUGUACAUU